AUGGCCUUCAAGUCUCUGCUCUCCCUGCUCACUAUCGCUGCCGUGGCUAACGCCGCGACUACGCGCCGUGUUGCCUGCCCCGAUGGCGUGAACGUCGCCACUCACGCGGCGUGCUGCAACCUGUUCGCCGUCCGCGACGUCCUCCAGGACCAGCUCUUCGACGGCCGCGAGUGCGGCGAGGAGGUCCACGAGUCCCUUCGUCUGACCUUCCACGACGCCAUUGGCUUCUCGCGUUCCGCGGCCAGGGCCGGCAAGUUCGGUGGUGGUGGAGCUGAUGGUUCCAUCGCCAUCUUCGAGGACAUCGAGACCAACUUCCACGCGAACAACGGUGUCGACGAGAUCAUCGACACUCAGCGCCCCUUCGUCCAGAUGAGCAACAUGACCACCGCCGACUUCAUCCAAUUCGCCGGUGCUGUUGGUGUCUCGAACUGCCCUGGUGCUCCCCAACUCGACGUCUUCAUCGGCCGCAAGGACGCAACCCGGCCCGCUCCGGACUUGACCGUCCCCGAGCCCUUCGACUCUGUCGACAAGAUCCUUGCUCGUAUGCUCGACGGUGGCGACUUCUCGCCCGCCGAGGUCGUCGCUAUCCUCGCCUCGCACACCAUCGCGGCCGCCGACCACGUCGACCCCACCAUCCCCGGAACCCCCUUCGACUCGACCCCCGAGCUCUUCGACACCCAGUUCUUCAUCGAGACCCAGCUCGCCGGCACCCUCUUCCCCGGCAACGGCUCCAACCAGGGCGAGGCCAUGUCGCCCCUCGCCGGCGAGCUCCGCCUCCAGUCCGACUCGGAAAUCGCCCGCGACCCGCGCACCGCGUGCGAGUGGCAGUCGUUCGUGAACAACCAAGCCAAGCUCCAGUCGGCGUUCAAGGCUGCCUUCCGCAAGAUGACCGUCAUCGGCCACAACGAGCGUGACCUGAUCGACUGCUCCGAGGUCAUCCAGACGCCCCCGGCCGCCAAGUCCAACGCGCACUUCCCCGCCGGCCUGACCCACGCCGACGUCCAGCAGGCGUGUGCGACCGUGGCCUUCCCCACGCUCCCGACUGACCCCGGUCCGGCUACUUCUGUCGCCCCCGUCCCCCCCUCCUAA